AAAAAAUAGUCACAAAGCUAUUUGCCUCCACUUGAACAACAACCAACUACAGCAUCAUGAAAUUCUUUAUUGUUUUUGCUGCUCUUUUUGCCGUUGCCUUGGCUGCUCCCAGACCCGAUCAUGAGCAUGCUGAAAUUGUAAAACUUGAAUCCAAUGUGGAACAUGAUGGAUAUUCCUUUGUUGCCGAAACCAGUGACGGUACCAGCCACCAUGAGGAGGGCAAACUGAAGGAAGUCAAGGGCGAACAUGGUGAUGAACAUGCCAUCGUUGUCCACGGUGAAUUUUCGUGGAAGGAUCAUCAUGACGGUAAGGUCUAUACCGUCAAAUAUGUUGCCGAUGAAAAUGGUUUCCAACCCACCGGUGACCAUCUCCCACAAUUGGCUAGCCAUUAAAUCGGUUAAAUAAUAGAUGAUCGAAUUGUGUGUGCACAGCUAAAAUAAAUAAAUGAUUAAAAAUGCAAACAAAA